AUGGAAGACUGUCCUUUCGCCCGCUGCCCCACGGAGAUUGUCCAUACUAUAAUGAGUUACCUCGAUGACACGUCUCCACUCAGCUUACGGGCGCUAGCCUACACAAACAAGGAUUUUUUAUUGGUGUCUUCGCCUUUUAUUUACCACAUUGUCAAGAUUCAACUGGAUAGGGAAGACCGAGAGACAAUUUUGACGCAGACCAAUCAAAUAUAUCGACAGCUGGAAUGGGUGAAUGCCUUUCCCCAAGUGCGAUGUCUGAUUAUCGAGCCCCCACGACAUGAUAGAAAGAAAAGCUCUCUUCCGCCGACACCAAGCACGCAUGACAUCGAAGCACUGAGACAAUAUGUGCUAGAGACCCCCUCAGUACCUCACCAAGCGACUGCCCGACGCAUUGGUACAACACAAGAAACAGAUGAUAUGUGGUUACCGAUUGCAAACCUCCUCAGGCAACUACCCUCACUGAAUGACUUGCUAUAUAGCGGCUUGCAUCAAUUUGCUCCGUGUCUCCUCGAGGCUAUCCAUGAGAACUCUUCGAGUUGUCGACUAUGGUUAAACAGAUUCAAGCUGCACAGCCUUGGGGCAGAGCAAAUCAAUCCGCACGAAGUCGCCUUGCUCUCAUCCCCCCGCCUUUAUAGCAUCAAACUCAACGGUUUCGCCUACGAAGACAAUGGGUUGGAAGAUCAAUUUCUUGAAGAAAAGAAUACAUAUGAUGAGGAGACUCUCUGCCGCACUGUAGCGAGUUUGUCUCCGCACCUGAAGGAGGUUCAUGCGCGUUAUCGUGACGAUCAUGACUACUUCCCCACGGAAGAAUCAAGAGAGCAAGAACAUCGAUCCGAUAGUCAAGUUACACGAUGCUCUCUACACUACCUCAGUGUCCGUGGCGGCAAAAACAAGAGCAUUAACAAGGAGACCAUGAGCAUGUGGAACGACUACACCGAUUUCUCCGCUCUUCAAACUCUUCGAAUCACAAAUCCUCUCCGCUAUCAGGCCUUGGAAUUCUUGGCCAAUGACUGCAAAUUUGAGUCUCUUCAUUCGCUAGAGUUGAACCUAUCAUUAUUUGCUACUCGCCUCGCAUGGCGCCUCGGUCAAUUCGAUACCCCCGAAACUCGCUUUCUAUGCAGUCUCUCACCUCUAUCUACCUUAAUACUUCACGAGUGGACCGGAAAAUAUCCCCUUGAAUGUUUUCUGCCUCAGCACGGCAGUCAGUUAACCAAGCUUGUCAUUUCAACAGGCAAGAAUUCGCAUCUCUCGCCAUCCGAUCUCAAGAAAAUCAGCGAAUACUGCCCACACCUUGAGGAACUCGAAAUCACUUUACGUCGCUCCCAAGGAGAUGCCACCGAAGUAGAAUGCUACCGCAAUAUCGGCGGCCUUCUGCAGCUUCAGAGCCUGAUAAUCAAGCUAGACGUUACAAGCGUUACAAGCGUUAAGCUAUGUAACUCAGAUCAUGGUGGUACUGAUGCACUCUCUGGUCAUAAAUGCACCAUAACUGCCCCUGACGCUUCAUUUGAUGAGUUCGAUCUGAAACCAUGUGUGAACCGACCAGGCUCAACCCCCAAUCAGCUUCUUUUUUACCGCAAUGGCGACAUUCGCGAAAUAUUGAUUAACCACGCUGUGGAUAAAUCCCUGGCGAAAGCUGUCUUCAACACCAUUCAAAGUGGAAGAGAGCCCGGAACUGAAACCCUUCAAUCUUUGAAUCUUUCGUGUGUUGGGAUAGUUGGUCUGAAGAAACAUUAUACGGGCUCAGUGUGGCAUUUUCCAGACCAAGAAGUUCUUUCGUCCCUAGGGCGACCAUGGCGUAUCACUCUUCUCUCAAUGGGUAAACUGGAGGUGGAUGAAUUGCGGCCCGCUUUAAAGACUGAAGCUUACGGGAAAGCAGGCGACUCGCUUCCGGUCUGGCUUGAAGGUCCUUUCCGGCGCAUUUGGCCUCAGCAGCAGGAGACGAGCUGCUGGAUAGCUGAUUGGCAUAGUCUUCCUUUUGAAAUUACCUAA